AUGAAUGCUCUCAAACCAUUCGAAUUACCUGACUUCUGGGUCUUGCAGGUCCACCUCGAGGCAUUCAAGGCCUCGAAGGUGAUGCGACGCAUCUUUCCCAUCAUAGAUUUUGAACUCUUUGAUGAGACCAUCAGAACAGCUUACAAACAUCCGGGUCCAACCUUCGGCUAUGGACAAGCUAGUGCGCGAGUCUGUGUCAUUGCCUUUAUUACCUUCGUUUCCCGCCUUCCUCCUAUGCCUCAAGUACUUCAAGAAAGUCCUAGUCUGGACUGUGCCCAGGCUCUCACCAUUUUGACUCUCAUUGAACUAUCGGCUGGAAAUAUGCAGGCAACAAAUUACUAUGCCGGAAUCACAGCACGAUUGAUUUUUGUGCUUGGUGGGAACAUACCGGACGGCCAGGCCUACUCGUUUGAUAAACGCCGCCAGCAAAAGGACCAACAACUACGAAACUUAUUCUGGAUCUGCUACACAAUGGACAAAGAUAUCUCGCUCCGCACUGACCAGCCGCCUACUAUCAGCGAUGAAAACUGUGACCUGACACUGCCACCAGGCUACCUCGAACGAGCAUUCCUGGACGUGGAAGACGAGGAUGCACCGUUCCUGGGACCAGUCUUCCCCUUUGACCUACGUCUGAGCAUAAUCAAGGCUCGCGUGCACAGAGAGCUCUAUUCAGUGAGCAGUCUUCGAAAAUCCGACGCCGAGCUCCUCAAGUCAAUUCGGGAACUAGAUGACGAGCUUGAAGAGUGGCGUCUUUCGGUUCCUCCGACAUGGCGUCCAACCAUGUCAUUUUCUCUAGAGACAUCUGAUCCCAAUAUGGGUAUGCACAGUGUCUUGCUGCGGCUAAAUUAUCAUUUUUGCAUGGCUAUUAUUCACCAAGCAAGUGGUAGGUGUAAAUCAUGGAUGGAAGGGCAAAGUGGCAUUGUGGAUGGAGUGAGUUCGAGUAUGGCUCUUUCGGUAGAGGCUAGUCGAUCCAGUCUCUGUUACCUCGAGGCGGCAGAACAUGUGGUGGUCGAUGGGGUAUUCUGGACACUCAUAUUCUACCCCAUGUCCGCGCUACUCACCAUCUUCUGCAGCAUCCUUCAAACCCCACUGGACCCACAUUCACACGAAGAUUUGAACCGACUAAAGGUUGCCACUAUCAUGAUGGAGCGUGUAUUUUCACGUAAACUGCCAGACCAUGAGCUUGUGCGCUUCAAGAUGGUCGCCGACUUCAUUACGGAGUUAAAGCGAAUGGCUGAAUGUGCCAUUGACAAGGCCUGGGCAGAGCAGCGUGCCAGCCACAUGGCGAAAUGA